AGACCGUGUAUUCUUAGAUCAUGUAAUAUAGUACCUCAGUUCAAAUCAGUGUGAAUGAAUCUCUACUUCAUGUUUGUGAUGUGAAAUCACCUUAACAGAAUUAAAAACCUUAAAAACACAUGGUCAAAAAUAUAACCUCUCUAAAUUAAAAGAUACCGAAAUAAUUAAAGGACCUACCAUGAUAUAAAACUUUACUACAAACUAUGUUAAAAAAGUGGCAAUGUUAGUCCCAGUUCGCGAAAUGUUACAACACGACGUAGUAAAAGUUAUUUUUUGUUAAUCCGCAAACAUUGCGAAAGAUGAUACCGGUUAAAAGAUGUGUUGCAGAGGUUUUGAUGAGGAGAAACUCUUUUUUCCACACAGCAUUACUCAAGAGAUGUUUAGGUCCAGGUUUUACAGUGGUAGAACAGUGUCGAGGAAAAAGCAACAAUGACAACAAUGUGAACAUUACAACACUUUUUAAGCCCGUACCUGUCAAACCAAACCCAGACGACAUCAACGUUGGAUUGGAACUUUCGGGUGCCCUCGUUAAGAACGACAUUCAAAAUAUUCUCGACAAGUUUUUCCACCUCAAAGAAGUCAAGACACUCUCCCUGGAAUAUGGGCUAGACAAUUACCUUCAACGGCAAGCUCACGAAAGUUUUCGACAAUACUGUUUGCAAACGCCAACAUUGCCAGUAGAUCUUCAUGUGAUUUUGAGCGAUAUUCUCCAAGGAGCAGGACACAUUACAGACCUCUUUCCAUAUUUUAUACGGCAUGCCAAGCAAAUUUUUCCGCACAUUGACUGUCUUGAUGACCUUCGAAAAAUAAGCGACCUCAGAACGCCAGCAAACUGGUAUCCGAACGCUAGACAGAAGAACAGAAAGAUUAUAUUUCAUGCUGGUCCAACCAACAGUGGAAAAACUUACCACGCUCUCAAGAGUUUCAUGAGCGCGUCUUCUGGAGUUUACUGCGGACCUCUCAAAUUGUUGGCUGUCGAAGUUUUUAAUAAAAGUAACGAAAACGGAACUGCUUGUGAUUUAAUAACUGGAGAGGACAGAAGGUUCGCCAGCAACGAGAACGAACCAUCAAGUCACGUGGCCUGUACCGUAGAAAUGGUCAAUGUCAAUUCAUCAUACGAAAUAGCUGUGAUAGACGAAAUUCAGUUGAUGAAGGACUACGGACGAGGCUGGGCCUGGACGAGAGCCCUACUCGGCGUCUGUGCCAACGAGAUUCACGUUUGCGGUGAACCUGGAGCAGUUGGCCUGGUGCGCGCUCUCUGUGAAACCACUGGAGACACUCUGGAAGUUCACGAAUACGAGCGCUUGACGGAACUGAAAGUGGAACGAACGGCCCUGAUUUCCCUGAGUAACGUGAUGCCAGGAGACUGUAUAGUUUGUUUUAGCAAAAACGACAUUUACACUGUCUCUCGAGUGAUAGAGUCGAGUGGGAAAGAGGUUGCCGUCAUUUAUGGAAGUCUACCUCCAGGAACGAAACUCGCCCAAGCAGCCAAAUUCAACGAUCCGAGCAGUUCUUGUAAAAUCCUAGUCGCCACGGAUGCAAUUGGAAUGGGCCUCAAUCUGAACAGAGACAUUUUUGUUUCCUUGUGCACAGUGGAUGACUCGUUAUAUUUUAUGUGCGACAUGCAAGAUUUUAAAUUUCUAGCUGAUAUGAUUCAGCACGUGAACCUCCCUCUGCGUGCCCGAUACGUCUUCUGCUGUGCUCCCAUCAACAAAAAGCUACCGCUCGUUUGCUCAAUGUUCUUGAAGUAUGCGCGUCAAUACAGCAGAAACGACUACAUUUCAGCCCAAUGGGUUCAACAAAAUAUCGGCUGGCCCUUGGCAACUCCGAUGAAUAUUCAGGACCUUAUGAACUUGGAAGCCAUAUUUGAUGUCCUGGAUCUCUAUCUGUGGCUCAGUUAUCGAUUUCAAGAUCUGUUUCGCGAUUCACCUACAAUUAGAGAGAUGCAGGCGGAUCUGGAUAUCAUCAUCCAAAACAGUAUCAUCGCCUUGACAAAGUUACUCAGGAACACGGAAGAGGGUAUAGUGAGCAAAGACCCUGAAAUACUCGACUUCGCUCAAGGAAAAGUAUCGGAAUCAUUGAUAGCUCAAGGUCGUCUGACCUUGGACAUGCUUGAACAACUCCACAAGGAAUGGGCACAAAAAAAUCAGAGCGUCUCAGAAAAGUUGAUAAAAGAAAAGGCGAAAAAACCGAGGACAACAAAGCUAUCAGAAACGACGACGAGAAGAAAGCCAAAAAAGUCUUGAACAGUGUUUUCAUUUCAAUGACCUUGAAAAUAGAAAUCACACUUCUUGACCUUAUUAUACAUAAAUAAAAAAAUUAAAAAAAAAAAAAAAAAUCAGGAAAAAAAA